CCGAGACAGGAUUUGAGGUCCCAAUCAAUUGUACCAACUAUUUCCUCACCUCAUCCCCCCAUUUAUCCACAAACAGCGAACAUCUCGAAGUAAAAUCAUUCCAUAAGACCAUAACACUAUCCUCCCACAGCUAACAUGACUUCAAUCACAAUGGCGACCACUGUGUAUUCCUUUGGGUUAAGAACUCAAUUCCCUAACAGAACCAUCAGAUCUGCUAAAAUUCAAUGUAUGCCUUUCAACAAAAAUCCCUUGUCUCUGAGUUUAAGCUCGUCUUACUCCAUUUGCGGGCUUCGACCCCUUGUGCUUAGCAAAACUUCUACGCUUCCCAGUUCCGUACGGAGAAUUUCGCGGCCGCUGACGGUGGUGUGUGCUGUGGGAUACAAAAUGAAGACCCACAAGGCUUCGGCCAAGCGAUUUAGGGUUACGGGGAGUGGGAAGAUAAUGAGGAGAAGAGCAGGGAAGCAGCACUUGCUCAGAAAGAAGAACACUAAGAGGAGAUUGAGACUCUCUAAAACGGUGCAAGUUGAUCGUAGUGACUAUAACAAUGUCAUUGGUGCCUUGCCAUACCUGAAAGUAAAUCGGUUGAACUGAAGCUGAUGUUUAGUUUUUGUUUUAAUUGUUAUGUAGAGCUUAUUGUGUUCUAACGCAAAGGGUUAUUUGUACGUUUUGUUAUGGGACUGAAGUAGCCCUCGACUUGAGCGAUUCUAUUCAUAUUCCCCUUGUAAUAUUUUUGCCUAAAAAUGUUUAUUUGUUAUGCUUCAACUUGAUGAUUAUCUAUUGCACUUAGGUGAGCACCUGCUCAAUCUCCGG